AGCCUCUAACUUAGAGCACAACCGUCCGUCCGGGGAACGACUGACAUACACUCCGUCUCAACCCACUGCAAGUUGCAAGACGUGUCACAACACGUUUCACCACGAAGAGCGCACAGGUCGGACCAUCCAUUCAACACCAUGGGCUUCCUGCGCGUGCUCGACGCUUUCAGUUCCCACUCAGCUGACCUGGUGCGUUACGGCAAGGGUUUCCAAGCCCGAACGGCAACUGUAGACCAGUUUCAAUGGAGCUAUUUGAUCCGACCCGCUGCCAACGCCAAGAGCCGAGAGAUCGUUGUGUUCCUUCAUGGCCUUGGAUCCUCGAAAGAGGCCUGGCUGCGUGUUGCCAGCGGCCUCAACAAGAACUACCACGUUGUGAUCCCCGAUCUCCCAGGCCACGGCAAGACAACGCCGCUUGAUCCGAAUAUGAACUUUGCUGCAGACCGACAAGCUCGACGUCUGCACGAGUUCUUCGAGUCUGAGCUGUACCCAAACAACAAGGUGCAUCUUGUAGGCACUUGUAUGGGUGCGACCAUUGCUGCGUCACGCUCAGUGACAUCGACGAUCUGGGCAAAUUGA